UGAGCGCGAGACUGAGUUCUUUUUUUCAAGUCAAAUUUGAGGCAGAAAACAUGAACUAGUAGACAAUGUCAUUCUAAAAAGCAUAGAUUUUGGGUGUUUUAUAUCCGCAUACAAGAUGUGUUUUAAGAACUAAACAAUUCAAUGGAUAUCCAUUCUCGUAAAAUUAAUCCCAACAAUGUCCUUCCUUUUAAAUAUCGUUUUUAUGAGCAAUUUCCGUAAUAGUUUAUAUGGGCUGUACGACUGAUCCCGUUGACACAAGCUGUGAAAAUGUUUCUCUAUGUAAUGUGGUUUGGAGUUUUAUUUAGAUUUACCUCAGGAUUUGAAAUAAAACUACAGGACGAUCAGGAGUGGUCCCAGGCCAACCACACCUGUACAGUGGAGCUGGCCGGGGGUCUGCUAUCUACCGUCGAUGCUAUCAUGGACCCCUCCUUGAAGAACAUCACAACGCCAAAGGAUCAAUAUUACUGGUCCAAUAAAACGACUACAUUUACAGAUUUUAUCCAGUAUGAAGGUUGUUUUAACUCAUCCCUCCUAGAACCAAUGAAAAUGGUGUUGCCGUCGCUGCACCCAGUGGCAGCCUGUUUUGAUUACUGUGACAAUACGUCCCGGAUUGGCCUGACGAUAUCAAACAUGAUGGAGGUUUACUGUCUGUGUCUGGAGGAGGGCGCGAUCGCCCAUACACGUGACAACAUCAGCAGCUGUAACGUCCCUUGUCCAAAUGACAUAAUGAUGAACACGUGUGGCAGUAAGGACUCCAUGUCAGUGUAUUACAGGGAUCGAUUUGAUGCACCGAAUCCGAAGGAUAUGGUACAAUGUGUUGCCAUUAAGACCAGUGGGGAGAGUACCUCACUCCUGUAUGAUGACUGUAGAAGCACAAACGAUGGGUACAUCUGUGAUAUAUGUGACGAUGACCAGUGUUCUAAAGAGGUUUACUCGGAAGGUGUGAAACUGACAUGGGAUGAGGCUCAACAGGCUUGUCAGAAAAGAGGAGGGUACCUGGGCAAUUUCGGUUCAGCAAAAAAUAAAACCGUUUGGACUGGUUAUAAGAGAUGGUUUUUAGACGAUAGCUAUGCCAUCUUCCCGACGUUAUGUUUGGCAUGUAGGUUUAAAGUGGGCGUGGCAGAUUGUAUAUAUACCAAUUGUACCAGAGAACUACCCUCACUGUGUGUGACCGAUUCUGAGAAUAUACCAGUCCGCAGUUGGUUCGAUGCUGAACAAAAUUGUGAACUCUCCAAUUCUCGACUUCUAAAUGGCAGUGAGCUAUACGAACGCAAAUUGGAGGAAGACAUUUACAUAUCCCACUAUUACUGGACAUACGGUUUUGCGGAAUUCACUUCUUGUGUCAGGUCCAUAGGUUGUUAUGACAUUUCCAACAGUUCUGGUAUGUCAUCAGCAUACGGCGCUCAAAGAUCUAUCCUUGGAUGUUUGGAGUUCUGUAAAGGCUCAAAGUAUUUUGGAGUCACUAAAGAAAAUGUGACCCAAGACAAAUGCAUCUGUAUAGAAAAUAUUACCGAUUUAACGUUAUCAAACGCCAGUGAGUGUAUGACGUCAUGCGCAGACGACAGCAAUGACACGUGUGGAGCAGAAGGCAGAAUGAUUUUGCAUGAAAUUGAUAUGAACAAUAUAGCCGUAAGCAGUUUUGAAACGGGAAUGGAGUGUGUUUAUCUUCAUAAACAAUUGGAUUUCAUGCUCAUGAAUUCUGCAGACUGCCUCCAUAAAGCUAGCGGAUAUAUCUGUGAAAUUUGCGACAAUGAUAGGGAAAACUGCACACAGAUUGCUUACCAAGGGAUGUACAACUGGUACGAGGCUUCAAUGGAGUGUCGGGAUAAGGGCGGGAAUCUGGGAGACAGCUCAUUCAAUAAUUUUAGCUCUCUGUCAGACGGUGCCUAUUGGUAUGGAUGGAGACGAUGGUUAUUAAAACAAAACCCCACAGGAGUGGCUCCUCGGCCGGAUAAAGAUGCUUGUGAGAGCUGUAGAAUCAGCAAUGGUCAGUUACACUGUACCUACAUGCUCUGUUCAGAAAUGCUGCAAGGAAUUUGUACAGAGGGCACUGCCCAGACGACGAUUGCUGGAACAACAACAACAAGGACUCUAGAGGACCUGUCAAGCGUGACAUACAACACUGGGUCCGACAUAAGGACCACGAUCAAAGUUUCAACAGAGGAACCACAACCAGAGCCCGGCAAUACCAAGCCCCAGCUAGAGCAGGACGACAUGACCGCCAAUAUCAUCGCUGUCGUCAUCGCGGUGGCGAUCAUUGGCGCCGUGGUGGCCAUGUUGGUGGUAACCAAGCUGCGAAAAAGUGAGAAAGUUACAUCCGAUGUAACGGACUUGAUAGACACUAAGAACGGACCAAUCAAAUUCAGCACACUCAGGGACAGCACCAGUCGCCCGCCAUCUUUUAAUCACUCUCCGUUAGAGAGACAGAGAAGUUUCUCCAACCCCAGCUUUAUGGACCACGACAUUGACAUCUUGGCGCAGAAUCUGGAACAAGAGCCUCAACAGGAUACCGAGCAGCUACAAAAAGAGAAUUAGAAAUAUGAACUAUUGUAAUUUGUAUGAGUGCCACGGUGUAUUGUCAUCCCAAAUAGUUCACUAUAACUUUUAACACGAACAUACUUCAAAUACUAAUGUAUUGAUAAAUCGGUGCGAGUUUCUUUAAAAGAAUGUCUAAGGUCAUUCCCAACUAAAAACAUCCUCUUUUACUAAUAACACAUACAUGUACAUUUGUACAAGUACUUGUAUACUCCUACUUACACCCCCACAUACACUUAACUUUAAAUUUUGUAUAAUUAUUUACAUACAUGUGUGUUAAUCUAAUGUUUUCAUAGCACAUUUUCAUGAUUCAAAUAUUACUGGUGAAAAGAAAUCCACCGAUCACAUCGACACAUUGUAUAAUCUUCUGAAGUGCCAAGUUUUAUUUAUCACUACGAUGCUUUUUUAUGAUUUUUUAUAGAGAGAUAUAUAUUUAUUUUCUAUACAUGUUCAUUGUGAACAAAAUAUUUCAUUUUGUUUUCUCUUUGAUCAAUCCAUGCAUUUAUAUCUUCUGAGUAUUUUCUCGCAUUUUUGUUUAAAAAACCGACUGUGUUCAUACAAUCUAAUAUUUGAAUUUCUUGAGUUAUAAAUCUGUCUUCCGUUAUCAUUGUGACACCGUUCAAUUAAUUAACCAUUAUGAUAAACAUUGGUUGUAUUGUAAAAUGAAGUUGUCUUUAAUUUGUAGUUUUAUGUUUGACUGUGCGUCAACAAGUUAAGAAAUUUUGUCCAUAUUU